CUACUUCCAGCUGAUGGCAAGAAAAUGGUUCACAAGGUGGAUCUCAAGUUCAAUAGGUGGAGCCUAUGCCACGAUAUGGGAGUUACAGAAAGGUACAACGUGAUCAUGGAUUUUCCUCUAACUAUUGACAUAAAUCGACUCAUUAGGGGAGACUCAUUGAUAAAGUAUGAUAAAGAUGGAUAUGCGCGGAUUGGAGUAAUGCCACGAUAUGGUGAUGCUAAUUCCGUUAGAUGGUUUGGUGUUCAACCUAGUUGUGUAUUUCACCUAAUAAAUUGUUUUGAAGACAACGAUGAGGUGGUUGUAUGGGGAUGCAGAGCUCGUGAAUCAGUAUUACCAAGACCUGGUUCCAAAGAUAAAAAAUCCAAGAGAUUUUUCGAAGGGUCUGAAGAAACAAGUUCCACAAAAAACAAUAAUGAAUCUUUAGAAGAAUCAUUCUUUUUUCGUGUUUGUGAAUGGAGACUAAACAUGAGAACUGGGGAAGUAAAGGAGAAAAAUGUCGUAACUAAGUUCUUUAUGGAGUUCCCUAUGAUCAAUGAAAAGUUCAUUGGUCUAAGAAACAAAUUUUGUUAUCUACAAGUGGUAGAUAGAGAAGCUAGCUCCAUUUCAGAUGGAUUAGUUAAAUAUGGAGGACUUGUCAAACUUCAAUUUGAAGAAGAUAUGGAAUUGAUUAAAGUUGAGUAUCAUAUGUUGCCAGAGGGUAAUUUUUGUUGUGGAACAACCUCUGUUCCAAAACCUCAAGGUGUUGAUGAGGAUGAUGGUUGGCUUGUGACAUUCAUACACAACGAAAAUACAAAUGUAUCUCACGUGAUAUAUAUAGUUGAUGCAAAAAACUUUGCAACACACCCUAUUGCCACAAUCACAUUACCAAGUAGAGUGCCUUAUGGAUUUCAUGGAGCUUUCAUGCCUUUAUAACCUAGUGUCACUUACAACAUCACGAGGUCAUGAAAAUGAUGGAAUUUACUGUUGGAAAAUAAUGUAUAUCUAUAUGUUACUGGUCAAAGUAGAGGUCAUUUACACACGUCCUCCAUUACAAACGUUUCAUCCCACUUUUAAUAAAAUUAAACCAUGUGUAUGUUAGUACG